AUGGAACUCAGUCGCGAAUAUGCGGCCUCACGUCGGCCGAGCAGAUUGCGGGAUCAUUUUGUUUCCUCGGCACAAAGCGAACCAUCGGAGCAUGUGCAGGACAGAUUCGGUCGUCACACAACGGGUCGAGGUUAUUAUAGCGCGCAAGAAAGGGCACACCGCGAUACUCCUAGGCGAGAUUAUAGUAGACGGUAUAGAAGUUACGAUUACGAAGAUUCCUAUGCAAAGCACUACGACAGGACGUAUAUAUAUGCAAGGAGGGCUGUAUAUAACCAUGAGUAUGGAGAAUAUAACAUGCGGCCGAAGCCGACGCCUAUACCGAUUACGACAUCGCGAGAUAAUGGUUAUGUUGGCAAUAGGGUACGAAGCACACCCCAGGCAGAGAGAGAAGACACCAAUUUCGCUCAUAAUAAUAUCAUGGUUGGUUCUAGAAGUACCAGAAGAGCGACAUCGAGGUGGUCUGAUGUGCUCGCGGAUCCAAAACACUCAAACGAAGCCGACGAUAAAAUGCAGCUGAGAUACAGUUAUAAACGCAGGCCACUGAAUGAGCCUGUAAAACCAAUAAUGAACGAUCCUGUGCCUGUAGAUUCCACUGCAGAUGAGACUGCAGCAACUUUGGUGCGUGUUAGGCCGUUAUCGCCGCGCAUUUCUAAAAGGCGUGCCGCCUCGCUGCGGGUAGACGAGGAACCGCAAGCUACAGAACUUUAUGUGGGGGAACACAUGGUUACAGAUAACGAAAUUAGCGCUGUAGAUGAUGGCAUUCACGCGCCUCCGGACUAUGUUCCAGUGAAUUUACCGGAGACGCCUCAAACACACACUCCGGAGGGGGGCGACGUUGUGGAGAACACCGUCAUAAAAGCCGAAUUUCGGACCACUAAUAAUAAUUCACCAAUAAAGCGUAAGAGAGGAAGGCCAAAAGGCGUCCGAGAGACGGCUGUGCAUGCUUCUCCAACCCCUAAGAAGGAAAAGGUGAAAAGUGCGAUGGCGGGGAAUGACGGGCCAGUGGUUACACCGGUUCCAAAGCGGACUAGUGCUAGAAUACGGUCACAUAAUGCGACAUCGUCUUACGCCAAUGACGACCAUCUGGCCGGCGACACGUACGAGGAACAGCUACAAAAAGCAAUCGCCAUGUCAAUCAUAGAAGUAGACAACAAGCCUAGCGAUGUGGAUAAAACACAACCAGAUGAUGGCGAUCUUUCUGUGGAUAGCAAUGAUAAGGACCAGGAAAGCAGCAUUGCGGUUGUCGACGACGAUAGUGGAGAUCAAGAUUACGUGCCCGAUACUCCCACAACAGCUGCGAAGAAAGCAGCUGCGAAAAUAAAACGCAAAUACGCAACCAAAACAACUGCAAAAACCGCAGUUGCGAAAAUCAGUGGCAAGGUUCGUAAUGUAAAGCGCGUCAAAGAAGCAAACGACGUUGAACCCGGUAUAGUGCAGGAGAAGGAACUUCCACUACCAGAUUCCACAAAUGAAGAGGUCACAGUUGUCAAUGGUGGGUCUGAAAGCUCUAGGAUGCUGCUUUUUGAAGAGUAUUUGGAGAUGAGUGAACGUAUGUACUGUGGAAAGCCUUUGUGUGUCAGGGAGAAGCACGAUUCCGCGGAAAAGAAAAUGGAAAGUGCCACUGAACCAGAUGAGUCCAGCGAUGAGGAAGCGUCGGAAAUAAAACGAUGUGUCGACAGGUCGAUUUCACCGACAAAAGCGCUGCGGCCGUGUAUCCCAAAGAGCAUUCACAGCAAUGCGAACACAUCGGAUAACAUACCCGAUAACUGUGGUAGCGAUGACCCCUUUGAAUUCCAAUGUUCGAAGCUGAGCCUUAGGUUCAGGGUUUCAUUCGCAAUGCUCACUUCGGACUUACGGCAAGAGCAAAUGUUGGAUCUUUGGGGGCCCAAAGAGAUUGUUCUUUUUGAAUUAGGCAUGUUCAAGCACGGUAAAGAGUUCCACGAAAUUCAGCGAAACAUACCGACUAAGACAGUUCAGGAGAUAGUGGAUAUGUAUUACUUCUGGAAGAAAACGAACCGUUAUAAAUUGUGGAAGGCAAACAGACAAUACUAA